GCGAAGGAUGCGAUUCUCGCCCGAGCAGACUUGAUCUGCGCAGCCAUGCUCCUCGAGACUUCUCCAAUACACACUCAUCAACGCCUGGAAACCGCGCACGUCGUGACCGCGACCACGGAUCCCUGUGGGGCAGUCUGUGCUGCGUAGCACAUCCGAGCCCGACUUACACGGCACCUCCUCAGGCCGAGCUGCUCGGUGCAGCCACUUCCCGCCGACCAUGAGCGAAGCCACUGGGAAAGUCGACCGCCGCCGCCGCCGCCCUGCUCUGGCUUGUAUCAGCUGUCGGAGAUCAAAAAUUCGUUGUGACCGACAGGUGCCUUGUGGCAACUGCUCCAAGUCCAAGAACAAGACAUGCGCCUAUGAUGAGCAUGGUCACCGGUCUCUCGAAACCUCUCAAGGCCCGGUCACAAGACCAGCUUCGGAUCCAGUCCGUCCUGCUCGGCCAUCUCAUUCCCCCGAGUUGAGGUUCGGUUUCGAGCCCAGGGCAGAAGCAGGCCUGGGCCGGUCUACGGCAUCGUCUACGGUAAGCCGUGACGAUGUGAGUUCCAUCUCGGCGAGCGGGCCCAGCCUCGCCUCGUCAUCUGUAUCCUCCCUGCACGUCGAUGGCUUGCAGCAGCGUGUUGCAGAACUCGAACGCCGGCUGGCCCAUGCCGACAAGACGAGCGCGCGGCAUGCCUGGACAGUGCAUGUGCCCACGCCCAAACAGCCCGAUGAGUGCGUUCACUCGGUCCCUUCGAGAAAACUGCAUAUCAUGCCUCGUGCCGUCAUGUCCAAGACUCGCUAUUUCGGUCAGAGUCACUGGGCCAAUGCGGUCUUGCUCUACAAAAUGAUCCAUGACACCUUCCAGUCCGAAGUCAUCAAGGCUAUGAGCUCGGAUAUUUUUCUGCUCCUUAACAAAUGCAAGACGCUUGGGCAGCGAAUCAAGGCUAGCCGCCUUCCCGAUAUGUGCUCCCGAACUCCUGGAAACGACCUGCCUCCUCGCCAUGUUGCAGACGAGCUGGUCAAAAACUAUCUCCGCAUUUCCGAAUCUGUCUACCGUGUCCUACACGUGCCAUCCUUCACAUCCCGUUACGAGGAGGCAUGGACCACUCCCAGUGCCAUUGAUCCAUCCUUUAUGGUGCAGCUGCACCUCGUCAUGGCUAUCGGCUGCACAGUCUAUGAUGCGGAAUUCUCGAUGCGAAAUACGGCCAUCCGCUGGGUGUUUGAGGCGCAGUGGUGGAUGAUAGCCCCAUCCUUCAAGAAGCGACUUACCAUGACUGACCUUCAGAGUAUGGUCCUGUUAUGCAUGGCGCGCGAGCUCGUGGGUGUGGAUGCCGAUUUUGCCUGGAUCUCGGCGGGCUCAGUCCUGCGGAUCGCCAUGCAGAUGGGCCUUCAUCGCGAUCCUAGCAGGCUUCCGCCAACUGAUGCUCUCCAGGCCGAGUUGCGCCGCCGGCUAUGGGGGACGAUCAUCGAGUUGAACGUGCAGGCAAGUCUCACCAAUGGCUGUCCAGCGCUGCUGUCAUUGUCCGACUUUGACACAGAGCCGCCAUCCGACAUCGACGACGCCGAUUUGUCACCGGCGACGGUCACGACCGCUCUGCAUCCCACAGCGGGCGGUUGCACGGACACGACAUUAGCUCUAGCCCUUCGGGCAACUUUGCCAGCUCGUCUCGCGAUCUGUCGUUUUCUCAAUGAUCUUGGGACGACGAGUGCAUAUGAGCAGACCAUGGAGCUGCACGAGAACUUGGCCGCUGUGCACAAGAGCACAUCUCGUAAGCUGGCGAGCGCCGAACGUGCCUCUGGUCGUAAACUCAGCCUUUUCCAACGACAGAUGUUUGACUGUACGAUACGGCGCUAUUUCAUUGCACUGCAUAUACCACACCAGGAGAUGGCGCUGAAGGAGCCGGCUUAUGCCUUCUCAAGAACAGUGAUCCUCGAUAAUGCCAUCAAGAUCAAUACUGCGUUUUGUCCGGCUGCUGUCUACACCCCUUUGCCACCUGGCGAGCCCUUGGCACCACAUCAAGACCCCGUUACUGAGAAAGAUACGGAUCUUUCUCGAUUAUCUGCCCUUGCAUCCUGCUCCUUCCGCUGGGUCCCCGUCUAUACGGCACUUCUUGUCGGCCUUGACUUACUGCACCAGUACAGGGAAGAGUACACUUUCAGUCCAGCAACUCCCCGACCGGAUAGUCUGGGAAUCGCAAGUAUCAUACGAGCGUGGUCCUUGCGCCGUAUCAAAGGUGGCGACAUGAAUAUCAAGGGUUACGUUUUCAUGACUGCUCAGUGGGUCAUGAUUGAGUCGUUGGUGUCUGGGGGCAGCGAGGAUGACAUACCCAACUUACUGGUUCGUUCAGCCACCGUGGCGAUCCGCACAGGAUUACAGAUCCUGGAAGAACAGAUUCAACGACUGUUGCCCGGACAAGUGAAUGAAGAUGUGCCUUGGGCCUCCAUGCAGCCAUCAGUGGAUCGGGACGUAUCCUUGUACGACGAUUGGGAAGGGGUAAGUUUGCCACCCUACCAUUCCAACCUUGAGGGGGCAGAUGUCGCUAGUUACUAGAACUAACCAGCCUCAGGCGGGGCAGUUCUUCCUCGACU